UUAACGGUGGGAGACCAUUCUCAGCUUUGCCCUUGGUGUCAGGUGUCUCCUAAACAACACACACCCCGCCUAGCAAAGGCACGUUUAUUCCAGAAUAAGUAUUUCCCCAAAAGGGCUGGGAUGGAAAAGCCUUAAGUGACGACGAACCGCGUGAAUUCACGCCCGUGGUGGGCGGUUGUCGCUGGCCGUGCAGAGGUGCCGGGAGGAGGAGCGGGAGCAUCCUCGGGUGUGUUGCCUUUGGGAGGACUCUCGUCCUGACUCGCUGAAGGUUCCUCUCCCUCUUCCCCCAGCCCCUCGUCCCUGCUCGGCGCGGCAGCCCACCCGGGCGGGCACCAAUAUCAGCCCUCUCCCGUGCGCCGGGGAAGUUGCUGACAUGCCUGCCGCCGGGUCCCGGUGCACCGGCAGCGGCGGGGAGCCGGAUUUAAAGGGGAGUUGUGCUGCAGACAAUGCACAGCAGCAGCAUCUGGAGCAGCCCUGGGGACCGGAGCUCCGGUUUUGACAUUGCUGCACACACAGCACCAGCCGCAAUGACAGCAGCUGCCUGGAGUGGCUGCAGGCAGCAGGCAGGAGCAUGAAGUAGAGCGAUCACUGCAGUGCUCAAGAUGAACUCCUCUUUGGUUGGCAACCAGAGUGGCCGGCCCUUCUGUCUCCUGGCCAUUAGCUAUUUGGAGACCAUCAAUUUUUGCCUCCUGGAAGUGGUUAUUAUUGUGUUCCUCAUGGUGCUGAUUAUUUCGGGCAACAUUAUUGUGAUAUUUGUCUUUCACUGUGCACCUCUGCUGAACCACCACACCACCAGCUACUUCAUCCAGACUAUGGCGUAUGCUGACCUCCUGGUGGGCGUGAGCUGUCUGGUGCCUUCUUUGUCUCUGCUGCACUAUCCUAUUGUUUUGAGUGAGUCCUUGGUUUGCCAAAUCUUUGGUUAUGUGGUGUCAGUGCUGAAGAGCGUCUCCAUGGCCUCCUUGGCCUGCAUUAGCAUUGACAGAUACAUCGCCAUCACGAAGCCGCUGACCUACAACACGCUGGUCACCCCGUGGAGGCUGCGAAUCUGCAUCCUGACCAUUUGGCUCUACUCCUGCCUGGUCUUCUUACCCUCCUUUCACUGGGGAAAGCCUGGAUACCACGGGGAUGUGUUCCAGUGGUGCGCCAAUUCCUGGAACACCGACCCCUAUUUCACCCUGUUCAUUGUGGUGAUGCUCUACGCCCCGGCCGCCUUCAUCGUCUGCUUCACCUACUUCAACAUCUUCCGCAUCUGCCAGCAGCACACCAAGGAGAUCAACGAGAGGCGGGUGCGCUUCAGCUCCCAGGAUGGGGAGGCUGGGGAGGCACAGCCCUGCCCGGACAAGCGCUAUGCCAUGGUCCUGUUCCGCAUCACCAGUGUCUUCUACAUCCUGUGGUUGCCCUACAUCAUCUAUUUCCUGCUGGAGAGCUCCAAUGUCUAUAGUAACCGCGUCGCGUCCUUCUUGACCACUUGGCUUGCCAUUAGCAACAGUUUCUGCAACUGUGUCAUUUACAGUCUCUCCAACAGUGUCUUUCAGAAGGGGCUGAAGCGCCUCUCGGGGGCCAUCUGUGCCUCGUGCGCUAGACAGAGGGUAGCUAAGGACUCCUCUACCUCCAGGAGCAAAAGAUCUUCCAAUGGAUGUCAUGUCUAGGACGCCUGUCAGCUGGACUGGGAAGUGCAGGGACGAUUCCGCAAAUUGCAAAAUAAGUUAGAUACGAUUUUAAGAUGUCCAGAUUUGCAAAAAGGUUUCUGAGAAAUGCUGCUGACACAGAAGAAUCAGGAGCACAUAUCGUUGUGGUUUCACUUUAAAAAAUGAUUGCUGUGGAGGAGGCUGUGGAGUUUCACCUCCAUAUUCAUUUUAAAGAAUAAAGCUGUAUCUUGACACUUACCUCUCCAGCUGGUGUGACUGAAUGGAGUGGGUGUCUGAGAGCUUCGGCAAAAUGUAGUCUUUCUUACAGCUUUACUGGGUUCUUUGGAGAUUCGUGCUUCACAUGUAAAUGAUAGAGCUGAAGUGGAAAUGUCACAGUCUAUGGUAUAUUACAGGGAUUUUUUUAAUAUAUGCCAAAGUAUAUAUUGACACAACGUUCCAGCGUCAGAACAGAAGGGGCCAAGCAAUUUGUUUUUCAGUGCUACCUAGACAGGACUUGUAGAACAGGAGUGAACAAUGUGAACAUUUCAGUGUGAACUCAGUUUUAAUGAGCCGUGAGUGCAGCGAUGUGAUCUGAGCAGUCGUAGGCUUGGGGCUGGUCUGGGUCCGUGCCCUGUUUCCCUGGUAGGAUGCAUGUUUGGAUCAGAGUAUGGCAUCUGCGUUUUCCUGUUUGUUGUGAAGUAAGAAGAAAAACUUGGAUCAGACCAAAUUUAGCAGUUAAAUAAAAUGUGUUUUGAUAAGCUAUGAGAAAAUACGUGUUGCUUUAUGAUACCAGAGUUGUGGCAGCCACUCAAAGAUGAUGCCAACAUGUGAAAAUUAUUCUCAAACCAGUGGAGAAAUGCCACGAGUUUGUAUGUGGAAAUUUUCUCAAGAACAACUUUAAAAAUAACAUGUCCCUUUUUUUUUUUAAUCUAAAUUCUUCUGAUAUUUUACAUACUAGAACUUAAGGGGAAAGGAAAGAAAACAAUUGUCUUCUAAACAGCUAAGGGAACUAUGUUGUAAAUUUAACUGUAGUAUUUGAGUUAUUCAUAAGUGCACAGAGCUAAAUCAGAGACAUUUUUCUUUAGCCUUCAUGGGAUUAAAGAUGGUUCAAAUAUAGCAGGAGCUAAAUCCUGUUGGCAAACGCAUAUCUAACUGGUCAGACAAAGGCAAUAUCUGAGAAACCAAAUCUCAUUGACGACAUUGUUCAAGCUAGCCUGGAUUAAAUGUUUGGAGUACUGGAAAGCUGUUAAGAAGGCAGUGUGGCAGAAUUGUUGAGUUUUUCCUAAAGAACAUCCUUGUCUUUUUACUGAUGCCAUUUUGGAAAAUGCAAGUGAACCGAGUGUUCCUGUAAUUGUGGGUUACAGUUUUAUUGUCCUGUCCCUCCAUCAUAACCUGCUCUGAGGGCAGGUUGUGCAUCCCCUGUUUAUCCCUCCGUGGUGCUGCGAGCUCGGGGGAUUCCCUGAGCUGCUCUGGUACAGCUGGUGUGUGCUGUUAGUCACAGUGGGAAUGAAGAAAGGUUAGGGAAAAGGAAUUGGAUCCUUUUAGAAUUGGGGUAAUUCUCUUGGCCAGAGGGAAGACUGUGUUUUUUUAAAUGGUGUCAGGUUGUCUGUUGUUGUAGAUCAAGAUCAUCUUUUCAGUGCUCUGCCCUGUCCCUCCAGCAAACACCCCCCUCCUCUCUGCUCUGCUGGGAGCCCUUUGCCCUGGAGGAUGCCAGCCCACGUCUCUGCCCGUCACAUGCCAGGAUUGCUGCAGUCCCUCUGCCCAUCCACAUUUGCUCCAGAACAGUCUCGUGGGGCUGCCAGUGAGGAAACAGGGAAGGGCAGAGAGAGCAGCAGGAUGAAGCACUCCUGGCACAGCCUGUGCUUGUGAGCACUCAGUGCUGAUGCACUUGGUUCCUCUCGGGGGGGGUGUGUGUACCUGUUCUGGGGAGGAUGGGGCACAACUGCUGCUGCUGCUGCUGCCCCGUUCCCUUGGGGACCCCAGUGGCAAAACAUUCAACUUGUAUCUUGAUCUGCUCCCAACAUGUUCCAUCCCCAGUCCAAACCUCUCCAGAUAAACCUCCUCCUCAGUUCAUCUGAAAGGUGAAGAACACAGGUUGUGUAAACCCUGAUGCCUUCCCAUGGACAUCUCCUGUUGUCCUCUGUAGUAAGGCAGAGUCUGGACCACGGCUUGUGCCAGGUCCUCCAGCCACGGCAGAGGUGACUUGUUCUGCAGAGCCCUGGCAGUCUGAAUUUUGGUUAGACACAGACAGCCGUGGGGGGAGUGCAGGGGUGUAGUGACUCAUUUCUGAGUGGUAUAAUAAGCUCCCAGCACAUCAGCUGGCUAAUUGUUCUCCAGCGGUUUGUGGGUAUUAUGGCACAGGUGGGCUUUGGGGAACAAUUUAAGGGCUUUAGUCACUAAUAUCAAAGUGUGUGUGUGUGGUAUUUUUGGAACAGCCUCUCAGGUAAACUCCCAAUAGCUUUUCUCUGCUCUUCACCUUAUCUAACAUUUCCGAGUCUUUGAAGUGAUGCAAUGUAUCAUUGAAAUAGCAUUUGAUUAAAACUUAAUGGAAGAGAAGAAUCUGCUGGGGCCUAAAACCCCAGAAAUGGCAGUUUCAGGUUUAAGUGGAAGCAAAGAUUGUUGCUUUUUGUUUUUUUCCAUGAAUAGAGGGUUUAAAUAGUAUCAUUGUGUGCUAGUUUUGGAGAAUUUGGAAAAUGUUUAAAACUGGUGAGGGGUCUAAAUCAUGGCAUAGAGGUUUAACUGGAGCUGAAGCAGUUGCUACUUCAGCUCUGAGCCUGGAAUUGUGCUUGGAGCACAGUGGCUGUUCCAGAUGCAGAUCCAUGCCUGCAGCUGUUGCUGCUUUGCAGCUAAGGCUCAGUUCUACAUUCCUGACAGCCAGGCUGUUUUCAGUUGCCUUACUCAUCUCCAAGUCUUCCUCAGCUCAGAUAAUCUCUGGGAGAGGUGAAAAUCAGAAUCUGGAAGUCUCCAAGAGAUGAGGAUGGAGAGGAGUUGCAGCCAAUUGGUGCAUUCAAGUUUCAUCCAGUCUUUGUACAGACACUUUUAAUGUUGCCUCAGUAGCUUAGUUUUAGGUUCAAGUAUUUCUCUUUUCGUCUGUGUUAAUUUAUUGAUUUUUUUUUUAAUAAUUUAAAUUACGAGGGUUUUUUUCCUCUAAGUUAAUUUAAUGUUGAUGUAGGUUUGUUUGUGAUUAGAUGUUUUAAGUAUUCAUGACAUUAGAGUCUGUUGUCUUCAGUGGGAUUGCAGGGGGUGACUCCCUUUCACUGUGCCAACUGGAAGAAAUAAUUUUGCCACACAUUACCUUGUUUGCUCAGUUGAACACCCUUUGUCAUGCAGCUCACACGAGGCACAGGGAUCCCUUUCAUCACAGUCUGUGCUAGGAAUUGUCAGGCAGCAAACUUUGCAGUUGGCUGGUUUUCCUUGUUGUACACAUGAAACUAAUCCUUCCCUGGCUCUGUUUGUGCCCGAGUGCGCCGGUGCUCGAGAGCACUGCACAGAUAAAUGCCACUCUGAGGAGAGCACAGAAAUCAAAUUACAGCCUCAUGAAAAUUGUGUUGUGAUGUGAUUAAAUGAACUAAUUUUGAAGUUCCAUCUCAGACUAUAAACUGAUUUUUUUAUUAGGGUUAUCUGCCUCGCUCUCAAAUUAAGCUGCUGGAAGGUUCAAUUUGCAGGAUGCAAUUCAGUGGCUUUUUUUAGUGCCAUGGGAAGGAUUUCAAUACUCACAACUUCUCAGAAGGUGAUAAUUUGCUUCAUCUAGAACACUUUAUUUUUAUUCUUUUUAAGGAUUACUGGAAGUUUAGGUUGUGAUUAUUUUGUCAUUUUCCAAACAGGCUGGGAGAAUAUCUGUGAAAUAUUAUUUUUUUAUGAUCUCAAUCAAGUGACAGUAUUUUUAAACUCAACAGAUAUGUUUUGUGUGAAACAACAGUUUUGCUGUUAUCUACUGCUAGUUUUUUUUUUAUUAAAUGUUACCAGUUUCUUCAGUCUUGAUUUGUUGUUGGGGGUUUUGUACUUGUUUUUAAGCUUCUUAUCGCUCAGAAAUGUGUUUCUUCUGGUUGGAAUUCUGACAUGGCUCGGUGUCAGAGUGCCAAGGGGCAGUCUUGGGUAUUUGUCACAAGUCUUUGACAGGAAGAAAGUGGUACAAAGUACUAAGGCGCAGAGAAUUGCAGAAGAAGAACUCCCAAACUGCACCCCUUUGGCAUUGUCCCUGCCCUCUCAUAGAAAGGUUUUACGUGUAAGAAUCCUAAAUUUCAGCAGUUUGUCCGGAAAAAGGCACUUCCAAGGCCUGGAUGUGAUGCGAGAUGGAAACAUUCAGUGUGUGAAUUCAAUAUGCAGAUUUUUUUGCUAUUUUUUGUGGUAUUCCCAACUGCUGCCAUGAUCAAGGAUGUAACUCCAUGAGUCGGGAAGUCUGAAAUAUUUCAGUCUCAUCUUACUUCACAUCAGGGUUGGAAGUUGGCAGAACUUUUCCUAAUUCAGGUCGAUGCUUUAAAAAAUAUUUCUUAGGAACCAACCAGUGUGUGAGUGCAGGAAUCUGUCUUGAGACAUUACAAACAGAAGGCCCGUUUUUCUGAUUACUUGAUUCCUCCAUUGUAGGUAAUUUUAGUUUAAUAAGAGGAGGUGGUGGGUUUGGAGGGCUUCUGUUGUCGUUCUAACACAUUUUUGGUUCUGAGUACUUGAAGCACGUGCUGAAACAUUGGCCUGACUUGGCCCUUAUUUUGUUGUUUGGUUUAGAAAUGUUUUUCUUCCCUUCCAUGACUUUGCAGAAUACAAUGACACAUCCUUCCCGUGGUGUCAUUCAAGAUAACCUUGGAUUUUAAUCCACAUUUAUCCAAACUUUAAUAUUCUUUAAUAUUCUUUACCAAAUGAAUACUGGGGUGUGUAUGGGGCUGUGGUCAGGUCAGAGCAUUGGGCCAUCAGGGUUUACAGACUGUCUCCAUAAAAGCAAACAGCCCCUCUUUUAGGAUGAUGAAAACAACCCAUUUUCACUAGAAGAGAAGUGUCCUCCUGGCUUGUAGAGGUCAAUGUCUCAAUUCCAGUUGUUUUUUCCCUUCCUGUCUGUGCAUUGCAGAGAUACCACUUUAAAAGACAUUUCUGCAAAUAAGCAAAGGCAUUUAAUACUAAAGUUAUGUAUGUAAAAUGCCUUUGGAAGAGGACAGCACUUCAGAAUUAAAAUCCAAUAAGUUUAGGACCAGGUGCAGUUGUAUUUAGAGACAGAAACUGAAAGUUGUCGCCAGGGGAAACAAAGAAAGGAAACCCACUGGAGUUUGGUCAGAACAAUGGGGUAUUUAAUUUGGGUCAUUUUCUUUACAAUGCACUUCUUUUUAAAAUGUGGAGUUUAACCUUCUUGCUUUUGCUUUGCUGCUCUCUGGAGGCAGCUCCUCUGAGCCUUGGGGCUGCUGCACCCACCACAACAGGAUUCCCUGCAGGCCUGGGGUGGUGAUCAGCCCCUCAUUUGAGUUCAGGUAAAGUGGGGUAAUGUCAGGCUCUGUCAUGAUUGUCUAUCUGAGGUGUUCCAGCCCCAGGGAAAUAAUCUGAAUGGUAUAGUUUGUUUACUCAGCUUUUCAGGUUUUUUUUCCUGUGACAUCAUUUUCUAGACAAAUGAAAUGUUUGCUUACGGAGGCAGCUUUGCUGCUGGUUCUCCACGCAGUGCUGAGCUCUGUCACCUCUCAGCUCUUAGUCCUAUUGCAGAGUUGAAAACAAGCCACAGGCUGUGUCUGCUCUCCAGGCCUGUCGUGGUGGCUGCAGAUGGAAGUGGUUGUGGCUCUCGCCCAUGUCCCAUUUGCAUCUCCUGAGCUUUAGCAGUUAAUGAAAACGUUAACAGAAGUGAUGUUCCUGUAUCCUGAUCCAGCUUUAAUUGCAGCCUCAGGUGUUCUCCAGCAAUCUGUGCAGGCAGAACUGACCCUCUAGCUGGUGACUUUGUAGUUAUUUCAACUGAGAAACAGAAGUUGUUAUUAACGAGUCAUCUUUGUUUUGUCCUGAAGCUGUUUGGGAGGAGUGUCACAAUCCCUGAGCUGAUCAAAGGCUGUGCAGGCUCCGCUCCAGGACAGACCAGGAGGCAUCAGGUCACUGUGGGACUGACACCUGUGCACGGGUUGAUAACCAGCAGCUUUAUCUGCUGAGAAGUUUUUAGAAAUGCUGAGUGGAUGCACAUUGCAUUGGACUAUAUUUAGAAUGUGGGUUGAGGCAGACAAACAUGUUUUGAAGUUGGUGAUCACGGGGAGGGCUCCACCUGGGCAGUACCUGUGUGUGAGGCACCUGAGGUGGAGCACAGGGUACCCUUGGGGGUUAGAAAGGGGGCAGGGAGUCCAAACUGCCUGUUCUGACUUCUUUCUAAUUAGCAAUGUGUAAGAUGAGGAUAGCAAUUCUGUAAUUCAAAGCUUUGGCUUCUCUCUGAUGGUCAUUACUGGAGAUCCUUUCGUUAAAAGGUGAAAUAAAUUCAAGUGACUCCUCAGAAAGAUGAACUCAAACCUUGCUGUGCAUGUGCCAGUCAUUGUCAGCGUUACAGAGAUCACGUGAGCCGAGCAAUCAAAUGCUUAAUAAACCCAGUCAUUACUUUUAUGGUAAAUUGAAAAAAGUUCUUCUGGGAUUUCAGCUGUAAAUGAAUCCUUGAAAAUCAAUAAUUAGAUUAGUAAAGGAUGACAUUUUAAUAUGCUGGCAGGAAUAUAGAGGGAUUUGUCAGGGGAAGCAAAACCAGACUUUGCACUAAAGUGGCUUAGGUAUAUUUAUAGUGCUAGUGAUUCUGUGUGUGUGUGUGGAAUCUUUGGACUAUUUUAAUAUAACGUAAGGCUUUGAGCUUUAGCUGACUCAAGUUGCUCGUUUUAUGAAGUUACAUUAGUACCACACUGUGAAGUAUUUUUAAAUAUUAGCAUUACUGAGUAUUAAAAGUAUUUCAUAAAAACAUUUUUUAAAACGUUUUCUGUAGAUGCUGUCAAUGAAUUGAUGUUUAGUGUACAAAGAAGUAAAACCUGAGGGCUGUAAGGUACCUGUAUGUUUCUGAUCACCUCAGUUUUUGAGGGGUUAGGUAUUUCUUGAGGUUAAAUUGUCACUAAAACCUACUAAAAAUAAUGGUGCAGUUAAUCCUUUCAGAGGACAGGAAGCAGCAUUACCUCCAGCCAUGCUUUUGAACUGUCUGAAAGGAUUUGCAAUCAUGUGUAUUGUCUUGACAGACCUAUGUCUUUAGAAAUACUGUACAGCACAGUCUUUUGCAGGUUCCUAUGCUGAUACAUUUCUCUCCAUAUGUAACCUUUGAAAUCCAGUUUCUAUUGUAAGUCUAGCAUGUAAACACUAGAUUCAAUUUUGUAUUCCUCUAAUGAAUGCAACAGGAUGGAAACGAGUUUGCAACUGCUAAUGAUGAGCUUUUUUACUGUUCUUAAUACUCGUGGGUAUGUCUUUUCUUCAGGGAUUUCGAACUUGUAUUCGUACCUUUUUUAAUUGUUUUUUUCACCUGCUGUUUACAGUGAAGCGCGAGCAUGGGAGGCUGUGCGUGCAUGUGCUUUUAGGUUGCUUUGCUGAACGAAACACAGUGGAGUGAUCUUACUUUAAAACCUCUCUGUUGCCCAGAGAGGUUGUGGGUGCCCCGUCCCUGGAAGUGUCCCAGGCCAGGUUGGACGGGGCUGGGAGCAACCUGGGCUAGUGGAAGGUGUCCCUGCCCGUGGCAGGGGGUUGGAAUGAGAUGGGAUUUAAGGUCCCUUCCAACCCAAACCAUUCCAUGACUCUGUGAUGCUCAUUUUUCCUUGUGUCCCACCCGUCUCCUUGCACCUUCCCAGUCCCUGGUACAGCAGAAGCCACCAGUUAUUUGGUGCAUUCUGUGGAGAUCUGACCUUUGUCAGAGGGUUGUUACAGGAGCUUUGGGAGACAGUCCAGCUCCUUCCACCAGUAGUGUUCCAACUGGUAGUUUUUCCCUGAGUGUCAGUGAGAGGGCCAGGAAUAGAUAAAAUCACAGGUAAGAAUGUGUAUGUGUGUGUUUGUAAGAACCUUGUGCACCUUUUAAUGCUGGAAAUUGUUUUGUAUUAGAAGAUGAGAAAGAGCUGUGAGUGUGAAACCCCUGCUAGGAGGAACUACGGGAAAACAACCACCAAAGCAGAUUAGAAGAGCAAACAGGUGAAUUAGAGCCUGUCCAACCCUUAAGAGUCUCUAAUGCUGGUUCAGUUCUGGCACAGUGGGGACCGUGGGGGUGUUGGGGGGGCUCCUCCGUGGUCCCUCCUCUCACUGGGUCUGCUCUGGUUUGUACCUGCACAGGAAGGGGGAUGGUGAAGAUGGGUGUUUUCAUACAUAAGGCAGCUUGGGAAGAGUUAUUGUUGUGGCUCCAGAAUUACCUAUUUUGUGCCAACUCAGAACUGUUGUUAAAAUACAGGGCAGAGGGGUUCUUCCACCCCAUCGUUUUAAUAGACAUUUCUGUAGCUGAUUUUUCAACGAAGACUAAUAAUAAGAAAAACUACAGUUGAGCCAAAAAUGACAAAUGUUACUGAUUUAAAAUAAUACUUGCAUAUUUUUAAUUAUUAAAUGGAACUAGAUAAAUCGGAAGCAUGUAAAUAUCUGAUUCUAAAUCUUUGCAUAACUAUUUCCAAGAGGUAAUUUUGCUAUGAGCUAUUAAAACUCAAAGAAAUGUAUUAUUCCCUUUGAGGUGGUCUGUACCCCAGCUGUGUCAUACAUCUGUUGGCUUGUUCCCUUUUUGCUGUAGAUGUACAUAUAUAUAUAUUUGUGUACUGUGCAGCUGUACAGUCACUGCCAUGUUGAAUUGCUUGUUUUAAAAUAGGUAUAUAUGUGUAUUUUACAUACGUGUGUACAUGUCCCUCCAAACAAGCAGUUGAACACGGCAGUGGCUGUACAGUCACAGAGUUUAGGGCUUUGUACAAUAUGUAAUUUUAAGAAUGUCAAUGUGGUUCUUAGCGGAUUUUAUAAACACUUUUCUGAAUCUGUUAUCAGCACUUCCCAUCCUAAGAGAAACUGCACAUUUUUCAGUGAUUGUUCCACUGGUUACAUUUUUGUCUGCCAUUUGUUCUGGAUUGAUGUAAUCUUGAUACUACUACAAUUUCAAGGGCUGUUGACGCAUUUCACAUAGCCUAGGAUUGCCUGUUCUCCAAAUAUAUGGAUCAUGCAUCAACAGUACUAAGUAGCCUUACUGUUUGCCUAAAAGCCUAGCUAAUUUAUUUAUUAUUCUCUCUUUAAAGAGAGGUCUCUGGAAGGGGUGGCAUAUUUUAGGAUGCUCCUUCUCUUUAAAGGGAAACUCCGAAUUGACUAGCAGUACUUGUUGAUCAGUGAUAUUAUUGUAGCCAAAGGAUGCAUGGGUGGUUUAAUAGGAAGUUUUUGCUUCAAGUUCCUUGAUGAAAUGUAGUGUUCUACAGAGCCGUGUGAAGAGUGUAGUUUUUUAUUCUGAAAUGCACUUGUACACUUUAUUUGAAAGGUCUGAAUGGAUCAUAAAUACAUUUAAGAAAUAAAUGAUACAUCACAUGUUUUCA